GGUUGAACGUUUACGUGUAGCUAGCGGUGCACACUGUGUGAGCGUUUCCGAACAAAAGCCUGAAGACGAACAAAUCAAUAGCAGCAAUCGGCAUUUUAAAACGAAACAAUUGAUUAUCAAAUUGUAGCAGGCCCAGUAAACAUUUGGCUGGUAGUCCUAUCAUCUCCCCAUUGGCGUCGUUCACAGGUACAAGCCACAGAUAAAGGCCCAGAAGUGACCCUUCUCUCCAGCUAAGAUGGGAGGAGCUGUGAGCGCUGGGGAGGAUAAUGACGAGUUGAUUGACAACCUGAAGGAGGCACACUACAUCCGUUCGGACCUGGUGGAGCGGGCCUUCAGGGCCAUCGACCGGGCCGACUACUACCUGGAGGAGUACCGUGACAGCGCCUACAAGGACCUGGCCUGGAGGCACGGCAACAUCCACCUCUCAGCACCCUGCAUCUACUCUGAGGUGAUGGAGGCCCUGGACCUGCACCCGGGGCUGUCCUUCCUCAACCUGGGCAGUGGGACGGGGUACCUCAGCACUAUGGUGGGACUCAUACUGGGUCCAUUUGGUGUGAACCAUGGGGUGGAGUUAUAUGCUGAUGUGAUUGAGUAUGCCUACCAGAAGCUAGACUACUUCAUCAAAACCAGCGAAAGCUUUGACAAGUUUGAGUUCUGCGAACCUUCCUUUGUGGCGGGGAACUGCCUGGAGAUCCCCUCUGAGUGCAGGCAGUAUGACAGGGUGUAUUGUGGCGGGGUGCAGAGAGACCACAAGGAAUACAUGAUGAACCUGCUGAAGGUGGGGGGUAUUCUGCUACUGCCCCUAGAGGAGAAGCUAACCAAGAUCACGCGUACAGGCCAGAGCAGCUGGGAGACCAAAAAGAUCAUUGCUGUGUCCUUCGCUCCCCUGGUGCUCCCCAAAGAUUACACCAGUAACAUCAAAACAUCAAAGACCGCCCCACUACCCACGUUUGAGGUGCGGACGCUGCAAGAGCUGGCUCGUAUAGCCAUCCGCCACACCCUGAGAGUGACCACGGACAACAGGGGGGGUCAGCAACGAGGCCGGGGCUCUUUUGGAGGAGGCAGGGGCCUGGGGGUCAGUGGGCUCCACAAGUACGGCCCGCGCUUUAAACGUCGGCGCAUUCAUCGGCGCCACUGCAACUCUGUGGUACUGAGCAGUGCCCUCCCUACCUCCGCCCCCCUGGACAACAACAAUAACCGCGGGGGCCAGAAGGAGGAGGAGCAGGGAAGGGCAACCCGGGGAGCGGGAGAGGAGGCUGCGGCGGAGGAGGAGGAGGAAGCAGAGGAGGAAGCAGAGAGGGAGACAGGGGAGCUUCUCCGGGCAGAGCCACCUAUAAACAUCCUGAGAGAGAGGAUUCUCUGCCUGCCCCUCCCGGAGCCUCUGAAGAUGUACCUGCUGUACUACCGGGAGAAAUGACUUCUCCACAGAUAGAACUAACAGCAGAAAACAACCAAGCAACCAGCCUUGGGCAUCUACAACCCCUGAACCCUACCAUUCUUCUAGGCAGGGCAACAGGCCCCCUGUUACUGACUUAGUGACUGGGUCUGUAUGCCUCUUGUCCUCUACAUCAUCCUCUCUCUCUCUCUCUCUCUGUUUUUCUUACUCAAUGCCUUUUCUGUAUGUGUAAGAAGCAUACAUAUUUGACCAGUGUGAUGGUAAGAGUUUCACCCCUGAUAGAACGGCUCCCUGGGAAUCUGAAGCUUAGCUUUCUCAAUGGCACAGAUAUCUUUCUCAAUGGCACAGAUAUCUUUCUCUGACAGCCAAACAGAUCCAUUUUAACUCCGAGAGUUGGGUGGGUGUGAGUUUGUGAUCUAUCAUUCUGUGCUGUGAUUGAGCCCUGGACAUGUCUGUUAUCUUGUUGGAAGACCUCUUAUUGGUCGUUACGUGCAGCCACAGGUUCCAGAACACGUUGGUUCAGGUCUUCAAUAAAGGUAAACCACUGGAUAUUGCUUUAGAGCCUUGUGCUUCAUAAAUGGUAUUAGCGUCCAAGCCGGAGGGGAAAUAGUUUGUAAUUUCAGUCGUGUCCAGAAGCCAGGGAGACUUUGUUUGGCAUAGUGGACAGGGAUUUGAGACCACACAGCUGGGAUUUUCCCUAUUAGACCCCCCCCCGAGGUUCCCAUAACAUCAUAGAUCUGUUCAGGGGAGCUGUUUGUGUGGAGUUGGAACUCUGUAAAUCAACAGAGCUUGCACAAUGAGUAUCAGGUAGGAUUCCACAGUGAGGCCAUUUUGUUUUUGAUAUUGCACAUCGUAACAUCGGUCUGAUCUGGUGUGGCUGAGUGGAGCUGGUGGAGGUGCCUGUUGAAGACGUGUGGGUGUGGAGCUGGUAGAGCUGCCUGUUGAAGACGUGUGGGGCUGCCUGUUGAAGACGUGUGGGGCUGCCUGUUGAAGACGUGUGGGGCUGCCUGUUGAAGACGUGUGGGGCUGCCUGUUGAAGACGUGUGGGGCUGCCUGUUGAAGACGUGUGGGGCUGCCUGUUGAAGACGUGUGGGGCUGCCUGUUGAAGACGUGUGGGGCUGCCUGUUGAAGACGUGUGGGGCUGCCUGUUGAAGACGUGUGGGGCUGCCUGUUGAAGACGUGUGGGGCUGCCUGUUGAAGACGUGUGGGGCUGCCUGUUGAAGACGUGUGGGGCUGCCUGUUGAAGACGUGUGGGGCUGCCUGUUGAAGACGUGUGGGGCUGCCUGUUGAAGACGUGGUUGACCUUUGUAGACUGGCAGUGAAGACUAGGUGUGUUUUUGAGAGUCAACAUUCCAGAGAAUAACUGUAGUCAACACUAUGAUAUGAUGAAGUCCAGAAGACGUUUCAGAUUCAACAUGAUCAUGAGACUAAGGUUGGCAAUGCCUCUUCAAUUAUCACUGAUUCUGCUCAUUUCCAGAUUCAAAAGCACCUACUAGAGAUCAAAUUCUCUUUUUAUGUUUAGUAGAUUUAUUUUCCAAGAGGUCCUAUGAAUAUUGCUUUGCUCGUCCGUGUUGGGACAUUUUUAAUUGUAAAUUCGGGGGGGGUAAUUUUUAAAUUGGAUUCAUAGGUGGAUUUAAAUUGAGUUGAAUUGCAUUAGCUUUGGAAUUUAUUGGAUAAAGGUGAAAUUGACUAACCCUGGCAUGUACGUUUAUCUAAAUAUGUUCAUUUGGUUUACGUCAUAAUCAAUAGUGAAAGGAUCAUGUUUUUCCCCUACAUACGAGUUGUGUUUUCCUAUUGGUCGAAAACAGCAUGAAAUUGUAAAGUUUUUUUUUUUUUUUUUUUUUACUGGUUGAUGCCAAUUAUUUUUGUUGAUGUGUGAAGGGUUGCUUUUCUUUUCUCCUGUCAAAACUAUUUGUUUUGUUAAUAUACAUUUUAAGUGGAGUUUUGUGGUGUUCAUCAACACGUGGGACAUUUUGUGUGUAGUAUUUGGUUUGUAAUGCAACAGGAAAAUUAAAAACGGACAAAUAUUAUUUUUUUAGAUCUUAAUUGCUACAGAUAUUCCUUAAGUUAGACUGGAUGUUUUACUGUUUUGACUCAAACUUUCACCCUUCAGUGCCAAACCUACAGUAUGUCGCAUGAAACUUGCAUUUGUCUUUAAUAGAACAUUUGGAAAGAUAAUGCUUUCUCAUUGAUCAAAUUAUCGAUAAAUCUUUGUAGUGACUUGGCCAGGCAGAUCGCGUUGGUCGUCCGACUGUGUAACAAGUCUUGAGUUUUGUCAUGGUCAUUCUCAAUAUUGUGGUAGAAAGUCUUUCCCAAUCUGCCUUUUAUUCUGUGCUGUAGGUCAAAAGUUAUCAUUUUGUGAAUGUAUGUGUUGUACUUCAGCAGUUUUGUAAGGAUGUUUUGGAAUUUGAGCUGUACUAUUGAAUGCUGUUAAUAAAAUCCUUUAUGCAAAGUU